AUGGUAGACUUAGGUAUUAACAUUGCUAGUAUAAACUUCCGUGACAUUUUCUGCAUUUCUAUCUAUCUAUCUAUCUAUCUAUCUAUCUAUCUAUCUAUCUAUCUAUCUAUCUAUCUAUCUAUCUAUUCCAGUUUCUUCAUCUAUCUAUCUAUCUAUCUAUCUAUCAAUUCUGUUCAUUUCUAUAUAUCUAUCUCAUUCACAUCUUUAUCUUUGGACUCUACAAACUCUUUGGACUGUCAUUUCUCCUCGCUUCUCUUAUUGUCAUUUCACUUCUCUUCUCCCCACUUCUUUUGUUUUCCUUUCUUCUCACUUCUUGUUGUCCUUUCUCCACACUUUCUUUUAUUGUCCUUUCUUCUCACUUCUUUUGUUGUCUUUUCUAUUCACUUCUCUUAUUGUUCUUUCUUCUCACUUCUCUUAUUCUCCUUUCUCUCAUUGUCAUUUCACCUCUCUUUUUUUUCUGUCCUUUCUCCUCAGUUCUUUUAUUGUUUCUUCUCCUCACUUCACUUAUUCUCCUUUCUCUCACUUCUUUUGGUCUCUUUCUCCACAGUUCUUUUUAUUGUCAUUUCUCCUCACUUCUUUUGUUCUCCUUUCUGUUCACUCUCUUAUUUUCCGUUUUCCUCACUUCUCUUAUUCUCCUCACUUCUCUUGUCGUCCAUUCACCUCACUUGUCUUAUUAUCCUUUCUCCACACUUCUUUUGUUGUCCUUUCUCCACAAUUUAUUCUACUUUCUCCACAUUUCUCUUAUCAUUUAUCCCCAUUUUUAUUGUCAUUUCUUCUCACUUCUUUUGCUGUCCUUUCUCCUCUUUUUGUCUUUUCUCCUCGCGUACUUUCUUGUCGUUUCUCCUCGCUUCUCCUCACUAA